GCUCCUCUAGUGUGUGCGAGGCUUUAAUAUUUUUGUUGACGGUUAAUUUUCAGUGAAUAUGAUUUUUAUUCUGUCGUGUGUGUUACUUUUCGCGGGUAGUUGUUUCGCUAUGAGAAGUUCGAAGGAGCUCGAGGGCUAUCCAGCUGGGUUUUUAUCAGAUUGUCCAGGAUCCACCAAAGAAGCAUUUAUAAGUAAUAAUACUCUUAAACACCUCAGAAUAUUUGUACAAAAUUCAAGUAGUUCAGGUCUUCGAAAGUACAACUACUUUCAGACCAAUGAACUAGCUAAAGAUCCAGAUAUAGACUUUAAGAAGAAUACUAUGUUGUAUGUGGGGGGGUUCCUGGAUAGUCCAAUUUUCCCGUUGGCCUCUAUUAUGGGCGCGGCGUACGAAAAUUCUGGAUAUAACGUGUUGCUAUUGGACACAAACACGUUUACCACAGUGGAAUAUCCCCGAGCUGCGAGAUUUAUGCGUCCCGUUGGAAUGCACACAGCCAAGAUGUUAGCCGAUCUCACUGCACAAGGCUUAGACCCAAAGAAGUUGGAAAUUGUAGGUUUAAGUCUCGGCGCACAGACGGCUAGUUUCAUAGCCAAGAACUAUAGAAUUUUAACUGGAAUGAAUAUAUCUAGAAUAACAGCACUCGACCCUGCUGGCCCUUGCUUCAGGAACUUGGGGCCAGAGGACAGACUCGACAAGACUGAUGCUGAUUUUGUGGAAGCAAUUAAUACAAACAUCGAUGAAUUUGGAAUGGCAGCUCCUGUCGGCCAUGUUAAUUUCUACGUUAAUGGUGGAGAAAAUCAACCGGGGGAACUUUUUUGGAUGCUGUGCACAUCAUUCUGUAGUCACGUCAGGGCUCAUACGAUCUGGACAUUAGCAUUGAGGUAUCGUGAUGCCUUUGUCGCGAUACAAUGUGAUUCGGUGCAACAAGCGAGAAACAAAAAUUGCUUCGACAGACGACCUGUAGUGACUAAUGUGUUGGGAUUAAAUGUAAAUAAGACUAACGAAGGGAUAUUCUACUUGGCAACCACUAACACCCCCCCAUAUUUUCUAGGAAAGAAAGGUAUGAGGAAGCAACACGACUUUUAUUUAUCACUUACGAAUUCACUCAAUGAAAAAGACGUGAUAAAAAUGUGAUAUCUAUUAAAAUGACAAAAGUAGGUGAGGACAUAUUUGA